UAAGCUUUACUGAUGAAAUCAUUCCAAAUUCUCUGAAUCAGACGUUGAAAAGGGAAGGUGUUGAAUUGUUGGGCAGAGGGAUUAAUCCUCCCCCUUUGUUUCCGGCGGAGGAGGAGGGGCCGGAGAUAAUCUAGCCGUUGUUUUUCUUCUCCAUUCAACGCGAAUGGUUGAAGGAGUGAGAUGCAUGGAUUCUACAAUUAAGUUAACAUUGCUUCUGAUAUUCUUCAGAAUAGCAUGUGCUUCAACUGUUGAGAAAAAUUUUGAACAGUGUGAAAGGGCUGUCAAAAACUGGGCCUUAUCUUCUCUCCAGCAAGGUAUCAAUGAAGAUCAACAUACUCUAAAAGAUUUACUGUUUUUUCUCCAUGUUCCGAGAACAGGAGGGCGAUCAUACCACCAUUGUUUCUUGAAUAAGUUGUACCCAACCUCUCAGGAGUGUCCCCGUUCUUACGAUAAGCUACGUUUUGAUCCCAGCAAGGCCAAGUGCAGAUUGCUAGCUACUCAUGAUGAUUAUAGUAUCAUGGAAAAACUACCCACAGAGAAAACUUCGGUGGUGACAAUUGUUAGGGAUCCAGUUGACCGGGUUCUUAGUUCAUAUGAAUUUGCUGUUGAGGUUGCAGCUAGAUUUUUGGUACAUCCUGACCUAGCUUCUGUGGCUAAAAUUUCCGAAAAAAUGCUUAAAAAGGCAAAUGGAGUGAGCACAUUGGAUAUCUGGCCGUGGAAGUAUUUGGUUCCAUGGAUAAUGGGAGACCUAUUUGCUCGAAGAGACACAAGAAGACGGAAGGGUUCAAGUGAAGCUAAGAGGGACAGUCCAUAUGACAUGGAGGACAUUCUUAUGCCACUACAUGAGUUUAUUGAUGAACCCAUUGUUCAUGAUAUUGUUCAUAAUGGGGCUACUUUCCAGAUAGCGGGAUUGACAAAUAACUCCUACCUAGCUGAAUCCCACGAGAUCCGGCAUUGUGUACAGGAACAUAAGAGUCUUGGUCAACACGUGCUAGAUGUGGCGAAGAAGAGGUUGGGUGCUAUGUUAUAUGUUGGUCUAACUGCGGAACAUAAGGAAUCUGCGACUAUGUUUGCAAAUGUAGUUGGUGCACAGGUGAUUUCACAGCUAAGAAACGCCAAAGUUAGCAUGGACACUUCAGCUGCCAAUCAAUCAGAUAAUAGCAGCUCUUCACCUUUGGAUUCUGAGCUUGAGAGCAAUGUUGACCAGAAUAAUGGUACCAUCAACAAAAAGACCGCUAUGCAAGAUGAAGGUGAAGCACGAACGGAAAAUAUGACUGUUGCAGAACUUAUUGAAGUUUAUGAAGGGUGCAUUUCAAGUCUACUGAAGACCCAAUCACGUCGUCGAUUCGCUUCUUUAAAGGAGAUUUCUCCUGCAAAUUUCUCAAAAGAGGCACGGCGCCAUAUUUCUGAUGCGGUUCUGCUGCAGAUCAAAACACAAAAUUUCCUGGAUUUGGAGCUUUUUAAGUACGCUCAGAAAAUCUUUACAAUGAGACGUGUGCAACCGAUGGGGAAUCUUGAUAUGAAUGAUGAAUCAGAAAGCAAAUUCGAUCAACCACGUGCCUUCAAGCUAUGGAAAAUUGUUUCAAUACUAAUGCUUUUUAUCCUACUCCUUGUUUUCUUCCUAUUUGCGACUGCUUGGGGAAGAUCAUCAAAAGUUAAGGUGAAAGGAUUUACAAAGGCGACAGGAAAGAAUCAUCGACGGUUUGUCGAAAGUAAGAGUUUACUUGAAUAAUGAAAAUUUAUUUGUACACCCUUCAAUUUAUUCGAUGUAAACUGGAACUAGAGAUGGUAUAUGAUGCUAAUGUUAUCUUAAUUGGUUUAGUUUCACAGUUUUAUA